AGGUUGAACUUUCUUAUCAAAGUUCUCCAAAUGUACACAAACGAAGUUGACGACUGAAUCAGUGGGUAAAUUGAUCAAUUUUAAUCCUUUAAUGUCGCUGUUUACCUUUGUGUUUACCGAGUACCGUGAUUGAAAUUUUCAAGGAUGUUGUAAAUAUUCAAAAAGAGCAAUUGCUAAUAACUUGGGUUCCCCUUUCUGUUCUGCCUUUCGCUGUCUCAAUUCUGGUUUCGCUGUGAUCAUGAAGUGACUCUUUGAAGCCAUGCGUCUAAUGUGAGGUUUCGAACAGCUCAGCAUGCCAAAACAUAACAAAAAGUCCCGAAAUGUCAAACCCAAGUUUCUCAAAAUUUCCAACACUCAUGCAGAUGAAAAUACAACACCGAGAAUCAAUAUUGGUCUGUCCAACAUUUCAAAAUGGAAUCAGUUGAAGAAACAACUUUAUCUGGAGACGGAUGAGGCAUUUGUUGCUCAUCUCUUGAAAACCUUGGAGGGUCUUCUCAGCAAACAAAAUGAGAAUAAAGCAAAGGUUGAAUCGUCACAACGACACACAGGUGCAAUUGAAAUUUCCCGAAAUUUUUCAUCGAAGGACAGUUUUAGCAGCGAUAUCCAAGACAAUAUUGAUGUCAAUUUAAGUGCUGGAAGGGAACAAAUUCAAAUCGAAAACACACAAGAAACUGAUAGGCCAACUUCUGAAAUCCACGAUGGUUCAUCACUAGCGAGUUACCCCAUCAAAAAUGAUGGAAACAAUCCAGCCUCAGUAUUCGAAAACUCUACCCAUGAGGAAGCAUUGGCGGUCGAUAUGCAUGAAAUUAAACAUCAUGAGCCAGAAAUAGCUUUUCAAAAUCCAGCAUCGCCAGUCAGUAAGCACUCUCCCUCGCCCAUUUCCUCUGAAAACCAAAGAAACUUGAAUGACAUAGCUGAAAUGAGUACUGCAGUGGAGCCACCUAAUUCCACAGCAAAACCCAACAUUCUUUCAAGAGGGAGCAACAUGAGCAGAAAAGCGCAAAAAAGGAGAGAUAAAUUCGCUUUGGCAAGGACCAAUCUAAAUGCACAAGCAAACGCAAGCUUGGUCAGGAAAUCAAGAUCAGAAAAGGAAGGAAGCAAAGUUGGAGGGAGCUCAAAAAAACCUUGUCCAUAUUGCAAUCAGCUUCACCAAGGCACAGUUUGCCCUGUCUUUUGUCCCAUUAAAAGGAUUAAAGAUUCGAUAUCGCAUGAAGAUUGGAUUAAAGGCGAUGUGUUUGUUCAUUCGAAUUCAGUCUGUGAUAGUGAUGAAGAGUUGAACUUCUCAAAAUGCUCUCUUCCGGAAUGCUUAGAACUCAAGUCAAUUAAAUCUAGUCAUGAUUAUAGUGUAGUCGCCAGACUCCAGAUUCCCCAGUUUACAGAAUUUGGCCCGCUGAUCGGAGAACCUAUCAAAAUGCAGGAUAUUCCAGAUGAUUGUAGUAUGCAUAGUAUUUGGGAGGUGCAAGAUAAUGACGGGAAGCUGUUCUAUUUAAGCACUGAAAAUUUAAAUCUAAGCAAUUGGUUGUCUCAUAUAAGGCCAGCACCAUCAUUAGAGACUUCCAAUGUAUCAAUAGUCACCCGUGAUUCGCAAUUGUACUUUGUAUCCACAGCAACUAUAGUCACAGGAUCAGAACUUUUGUAUUGGACAGACAACAUUGCUAAAGUUUGGGAUGAUAAGAAAGUGAACAAAAAAAAUUGUGGUGGAUGUAAUAUAAAGUUUAAUCAUAUUUUCUACUAUCGUCUGCACUGUCAAAUAUUUCACGAUGCAAACUGCAGCUUGACAGUGCGCAAGUACCAUUGCAAAGUGUGCGGCGCUGCUGUCCUAGGCAAGCAAAAUAUUGUCAAACAUGCCGCAGAACUUCAUAGAGGGAAAGGAGCAUAUCAAUGCCCUUUCUGUAAGAAGUUUUUCUUACGACUUAACUAUUUGGAUAUGCAUAAAACUUAUGGGUGUUCAUCAAAUCCUCUGCGGCUGAGACCUUUAUGUGAUUUUUGCGGACGAAAAUUUUGUCAGCCCCAGAAAUUGAAAGUUCAUAUCAAACGAAUGCAUGGCGAUAUUUCAUCUAUUCUAGCAGAAUUUCAGUGCAUGAGUUGUUUAAGGGUACUUGGCUCAAGGGCUGCAUUGCAGCGACAUAAUAAAGAAGUGCAUCACAAGAGCGAGAGAGUAUCGUUCACCUGCCAACAGUGCGGAAAAGGUUUCCAGAAUAAGUCAAAUUUGAAAAUUCAUAUGCUCACGCAUUCUGGCAUCAAACCUUUCAGGUGCUCAGUGGCUGAAUGCUCCUCUGCCUUCACAACGAAACAAUGUUUGCAACUUCAUUACAAAAAAUUUCAUGGCCUUUCUGAUGAGAACAUGCCUAAAAUUCAUCGGACUGUCGAGUAUACUUUCAAUGCUUACGCUGGAGAAAACCUGAGUGAUUCGCAAGCGGGAUCGCCCCAAAGUUGCGAAAACUCUGACAGUCAAUGCCAAACACCAACUUCUCCUUCGCCUUCAGAGAUCAGCUCUAAGAAUCGUAGGCUUUCAAGUCCAGUUAACAUGACAAGCCAUGAUGAAACUGAUAUCUCCAGUAACCAGUAUAAUGUCGCAGUUAAUUGUAGCAGUAACUUCGAUGAGCAAAGUGAUAGUGCUCAUAGCUCCAGCGUUAUCAUGAAAAGCAGUGUGAAGGGGUACCAUGAAGAGAUAGUAUCAGAAAUAAGAGAGAAGCCGUCCAUGCUGCCUUUAUCCAGUGAAUGCGAAACUGAAAUAGAAAACAAAGGGUUGUAUCCAUAUGGACGCACAGAUUCUUCCAACGCAAGUCUUCUGGUUGAAGCUGCAAUUGAUGCUGUAGAGAAAGUGAUCAAUGUUGAUCAUUCGCCUAUUAAUUUCACCAUCACCCAUGAUCCAGCGGGCGUCCCCGCUGGAAUGGAUCACGAUGAUGAGCAGAGAGGAGUAAGUUCUCAGUCGCCUGUGUUAAUGCCUCCGUUCAAUUUGUCUGUUCAUCCGGAAUCUCAAUCUAGUUCACUGGAUAUCAGCAUAUCCUCAACUUAUCAUGAUGAAAUUACACCUCCUCACUAUGGCGCUCCGUACAGCUUACAUCUCUCUCCUGUUGAUGUUGUUCGUGUUGCUGAGCAAAACGAAAACUACCUCCAUAAAACAGAUGAUAUGUCCGGUGAUGAGUGCGAAAAUCCCGUCCAAAAUCUGUGUCUCAGCUCAAAGGAUCGGCUCCAAAUUGACGUCCUUGCUUACAAAUCAUACCCAGAGAGCAUUGAAGAAAAAUCUAGUCUUCUCAAACAAUAUGAGAACCGAGAUCGCUUACCAUUCCUAAAGCACUAUAGUCCAUUAGAUGAUCGAAGCCUUAAGUAUGACCCUCUAGACGAGAGAUUAAUCAGUGCUUCAGAAGAAAGACUCAACUUAUUCAAACAAUACGAGUUAUUAGAAGAACGCUCUCCAACUCUUCUAAAGCAGUAUGAUGUAAUGGAAGAGAGAUCUAGCCUGUAUAAAUUGUACGAUAAUGGAACUGAUGAAAGAGGUUUCAGUUUUGAAUCAUUAGAGUCCGCAGACCUAUCGCGCUGUCCUGCUUUAGGUCAUAUCUACUCCAACCUUCAAGUGUCUCCUCCAAAGUAUCCUCGCCCUCUGUAUGGGACCAAUCCAUCUCACGCAUACUCUGAUGUUUUGAGAGUGGUUAAUUUACACUCGCAAUCGGUGGACCUUUCGUUGCCGCGCCCUCCAGCAACGAAUCUUAUCCCCUCCUCUCCCACGUACCAGUCAUAUCCCUUGUCGCCCACUCUUCCCACUUAUCUCACACCUCGAUCAGCCCUCUCUCCUACUUAUCAUCCCUACUCAGGCUAUUAUUAAGUUUUUAACCCCUCCUAUUUUCUUUUUUAAUGCCUUUAUCAUUUUAUAUUUUCAUUUUUAUGUCAUUGGCUUUUGGCUGUGUAACAAAUUGAAUAAAUACUUCAAGCUAAUUGAAACUA